GAAGGAGUAGCAAAGCUGCUGCUCGGCAAGGACGUCAACGUCAACGCGCGGGGUGGAAGAUGCAGCAAUGCACUCCAGGUAGCUUCAUAUCAAGGCCACAAGCAGAUUGUGAAGCUGCUGCUUGACAAGAGCGCCAACGUUAACGCGCAGGGUGGAGGCUACGGCAACGCAAUCCGGGCAGCUUCAUUAGAAGGCCACGAGCAGAUUGUA